CUUCCUUUUAGUCACGAGCCGUUGUUUUUCUUUGUGUUUGGCUUUGGCUGCUUCUUCCUCAAACCACUCGUUAUCUCUAAACAAUGGACGAAGACGAUGAACCCCAAGGCAGCGGCGGCAACCAGCAGUCGCAGAUCGAGCUUGACAACCGCACCGAGCAAGGCUUCCUGAGCUUCUACCGUGGGCUGCCUGAGAAGUCGGCAACAACUGUUCGCAUCUUUGAUCGACAGGACUACUAUUCGGUGCAUGGCGACGAUGCAGUGCUCGUUGCCAAGGAAUUUUACCAUACGCUUGCUGUGAUUAAGCACAUUGGAACAGUGCCCUAUGUCACAAUGUCGCAGCUCAUGUUCGAGACCAUUCUCCGAGAGCUGCUCCUGUUGCGCCAGAAUCGAGUCGAGGUUUAUGCGCGUGAAGGCGGCAAAAACAGCAACGCGUGGGUCUUGUCGCGUCGAGGCUCGCCUGGCAAUCUGCAGCAAUUCGAGGACAUGUUGUUCACGGGCAAUUCGGAAAUGUCGACGUCUGCUGUUGUGAUGGCCAUCAAGCUGGGUGUUGAUGAUGGAAACAGGAUGGUCGGCGUCUCGUUUGCCGACGCCACGCAACGCACAAUCAGCGUCUGCCAAUUUGCAGACAACGACCAGUUCUCCAACUUGGAGGCGCUCACCGUGCAAAUUAGCGCCAAAGAGUGUCUGUUCACCUCGGAGGCCGGGUCUGCCGAUUGCGCGCGUGUCCGCGUCGUGCUCGAGCGAGGCGGGAUUCUCGUCACCGACCGCAAGCGUGCCGACUUUGCCUCGAAAGAUCUGGUGCAGGAUUUGAAUCGCUUGCUGCGUCUUCCCGAGUCGACAUCUGCUGCCUCUCUCCCUGAAAUGGAUUUGGUGUACGGAAUGGCCUCUACCGCAGCCCUCGUCAAGUACUUGGAGCUCUUGUCGGAUGCGUCAAACUUUGGUCAAUUCCGCAUCAAGCCAUUUGAUCUCGGCCAGUACAUGCGCUUGGAUGCCGCCGCUGUGCGUGCGCUCAACCUUGUGGCCUCGCCGUUGGAUGGAGGAAACAAGACAAUGAAUCUCACUGGAUUGCUGAACAAGUGCAAGACUGCUCAAGGCCAGCGUUUGCUCGCGCAGUGGGUCAAGCAGCCAUUGACAAACCUUGCCCAGAUUGAGGAACGCCUGAACAUUGUUGAGCUGCUCGCUGAAAAUAGCGAUCUUCGCGUUGCCCUUCAGGAGGAUCACUUGCGACGCAUGCCAGACUUGCAUCGCAUCUCGAAGCGCUUCCAGCGAGGAAAAGCCACAUUGCAGGACUGUGUUCGAUUGUAUCAAGUCUGCGUGCGGCUUCCGGCACUUCGCACUGCUCUUGAGGGCUACGUCAAUCAUGCGCAGUACGGCGCAAUUGUCAGCGAGCGUUUCGUCAACAGCCUCGGGGAAAUUAUCGCCGACUGUGCAAAGUUGGAAGAACUGGUCGAAACCACCAUCGACCUGGAACGCACUGAGCAACACGAGUUUGUCAUCAAGCCGACCUUUGACGAGCGUCUUGCAGCGCUGCGUGCUCAAUCGGACGAAAUUGGCUCGCAAAUCCACCAGCAACUCAAUAUUGCUGCGCGUGAUCUGAGCCUCGAACCCAACAAGGUGCUCAAGCUCGAAAACAAUGCACAGUUUGGCUACUUUUUCCGAGUGUCCCGCGCUCAGGAGGCAGCGCUGCGCACUUCCAAAAAGUACACCACUAUCGACACCAAAAAGGAUGGAGUGCGCUUUGUGAGCCCCAAGCUCCGCGCGCUGAACGAUGAGUUUGCGCAACUCAAGAAGGAUUACGACGACAUCCAGUCGACGUUGGCGACCGAAGUGAUCAAAGUUGCAGGCGGAUAUUGCGAACCUUUGGAAUUGCUCAAUGCACUUGUGGCUGAACUCGAUGUGUUUGCGAGCUUUGCCCAUAUUUCCGUGUCCGCACCAACGCCCUACGUUCGUCCUGUCGUCUCAGCCAAAGGUGAAGGAAACAUCCGACUCUUUGGAGCCCGCCAUCCUUGCUUGGAAGUGCAGGACGAUGUGGCCUUCAUUGCGAACGAUGUCGCGCUCGUUCGCGGCAAGUCUGAGCUUCAGAUUAUCACUGGGCCCAACAUGGGUGGCAAAUCCACUUACAUUCGUCAAGUUGGCGUUGUUGUGCUGCUCGCCCAAAUUGGUUGCUUUGUUCCGUGCGCAUCGGCCGAAGUCUGCAUUGUGGAUUCUAUUCUUGCACGUGUCGGCGCUGGCGACAGCCAGCUGAAGGGCGUCUCGACGUUCAUGGCCGAGAUGCUUGAAACGGCGUCGAUCUUGAAGUCUGCGUCGAAAGACUCGCUCAUUAUCAUUGACGAGCUGGGUCGUGGCACGUCUACGUAUGAUGGCUUUGGUCUGGCUUGGGCUAUUUCCGAACAUAUUGCCACCAAGAUCCAUGGGUUUUGCUUAUUCGCGACCCAUUUCCACGAGCUGACUGCGCUGGCCGAUACUGUCCCAACCGUGUCCAAUCUACAUGUGUCCGCCCUGACCGAUAACGGCACGCUGACUCUCUUGUAUCGAGUUCGACCGGGCGUGUGCGAUCAGAGCUUUGGCAUCCAUGUUGCUCAAAUGGCUGACUUCCCCACCAAAGUGGUUGAGAUGGCCAAGAGGAAAGCGCUCGAGUUGGAAGAUUUCCAAGGCCACGAUCAUGGCGAUGAUUCAGCCAACGUUGGUGGCGAUGCGAAGCGCAUGCGCAUGAUGGAUGACACUGCCAUUGCUACAUGAUGGAUUGACGCUUCGAAGUGAGCACGCGGAAAACAAUGCCAUUCUCGAGCCUGUUUGAUGAAUACUCUUUGUCAUUUUUCCAAAAAUAAAGGAUUGUUG